GGGAGCGCCCCUGACGCGUCUCUGUGCGCCCCGCAGGUGCUGGGCCUGUACCGCGGCCUGGGCUCGCCCCUCAUGGGCCUCACCUUCAUCAACGCGCUGGUGUUCGGCGUGCAGGGGAACACCCUCCGGGCCCUGGGCCAGGACUCGCCGCUGAACCAGUUCCUGGCGGGCGCGGCGGCGGGCGCCAUCCAGUGCGUCAUCUGCUGCCCCAUGGAGCUGGCCAAGACGCGGCUGCAGCUGCAGGAGGCGGGGCCGGGCCGCACCUACCGCGGGCCCCUGGACUGCCUGGCGCAGGUCUACCGGCGGGAGGGCGUGCGCGGCGUCAACCGGGGCAUGGUGUCCACGCUGCUGCGCGAGACCCCCAGCUUCGGCGUCUACUUCCUCACCUACGACGUGCUGACGCGCGCGCUGGGCUGCGAGCCGGGCGACCGCCUGCUGGUGCCCAAGCUUCUGCUGGCGGGCGGCACAUCGGGCAUCGCGUCCUGGCUCUCCACCUACCCCCUGGACGUGGUCAAGUCGCGGCUGCAGGCUGACGGGCUGCGGGGCGCCCCACGCUACCAGGGCAUCCUCGACUGCGUGCGCCAGAGCUACCGCGCUGAGGGCUGGCGCGUCUUCACGCGCGGGCUGGCCUCCACGCUGCUGCGCGCCUUCCCCGUCAACGCCGCCACCUUCGCCACCGUCACCGUGGUGCUCAGCUACGCGCGCGGCGAGGAGGCCCGGCCCGAGGGCGAUGCCGUGUCUGCCGCCCCGGCGGGGCCCGCCUUGGCCCAGCCCUCCAGCCUGUGACGCCCGGGCCCCCAGCACCAGAGGGCCCGACCUCUCCCGGGGCCGCUUUUCCAAAACGCAGCCUAGACAUAAAUUGGACCCGCGACACUGACCGCCCUGCACCGGACUCCCAGGCCCCGUGGGCUGUGGACUCCAUCAGACCUGGGUUGAAUUCCACGCCUCAGCUGGUGACCCCGGCCACAAAGUUGACAUCCUCGGUUUUCUCCUCUGUGAAA